UGCACAGUCGACUGUUGUAUUAUAAUAAUUGGUUGCAAAUCAGAUUGCUGCAAAAGGUAUUCCACGUUGGCCAGUAUGGGUUGAUUUUGUCGUUGUACCAGCAACUGGCCUAGUAUGACAUAACUACUCCUUCCACAGCCAAGCUUUCCAUCGUGUUCAAGUGAUUAGUUCUGUAUCAAUCAACUAUCGUGGAGAUGACUGAAGAUAAGGGGUAUAGUCGGGAAACCAAGGAGCGCCUCACCAACGCUGUCGAGCAGGAGAUAAAUGAAGUUGGCAAACUGGUGAAACAUCUUUGCAAGUCUUCUGGAACCAGUGAGGUGCUGAUGCGCUGUGCACGGGAAUUUGCCGGCAACGACAUGGGCUUACAAGAUACACACGAGAAUCUGAAACAGAUGUUGACGAUGGUGUCGCAGAUGCAUGAACAAGCGGACACUGUAUCCAGAAGCGCACAAGGAGUUUUGAACAUUACCCGGAGCACACAGUCAUCAACGUGAAAAGAUCACCAGGUCGGCCGAGUAACCACCACUACCAUCUCCAUGUCUGCUGUCAAUAUCCUUCAGGUAUGUUCAUAUAGAACUACUUCGAAAGUGUUGAUACUCCAUCUAACUUUUAUAUUCAUUCCCCUUCUUUGGACAUAUUUUUUUGGGCUGUGUAUAGUACUUGAAAUUUGUUUCUACUAGGCUUUUUAUGCUGUACAAACUGCUUGCUGUGACCAUAUUGGGAUCUCCAUAAUCUCUUGCCAAAGUUAUCGCCGAGCCGUCUUCAAAUCGUUUAGACGGUUGCUUGCUUUGAUGUUGAAUAUAAGUUAGUAUGUCCUGCAUGCCUGAAAGGAUUAUGGGUAGUAUUUUGAUACUUAUCUACUUGUCGUGUGAUUUCUGUAAACCAUGGCUGGUCCAUGGUACUCGUAUUAUGACUAUUGUGUGUGUGUGUGUGUGUGUGUGUGUGCACACGCAUGCAUGCAUGCAUGCAUGCAUGCGUGUGUUCGUGUGUAUUUUGAACUAUUUUCCCUUCUCCCGAGUACCAUGCACUACGAUUGUACACGAUGGUUUGACACCUUAUUGCUAUCUGUUCGCACUUUUUCUCCACUAAUACAUACUUCAUGCUAUUGCUAAUUGCUCAUAAGACGGUCACAAAUUUUGUUUUAUCCAGCAGUUGUUCUUUAGCGCA